GAAAGCCUUUCCUGCCCGCCUUCUCUCCUCGGGACCUCUUAUCCUCUCUCCUCUUCUGCCCACAGUACUCCCUCGUCACUUUGAGCGCACGAGGUAGCAGAAGGAGGUUUCGUGUUAUCCUUGGAUUCCUUUUCUUUUUCAUAAAAAACGUGGCAAGGUCGUCCAAAGAAGUUACUUCCAAGGAGCUUGUUCCAGCAGUUCGGUUCAGUCCAAAUUCUAGCUUUGUAGUCGAGCCGACAAGUGGCGGAAUCAAAGUUGGACCAGCACGCCCUACAGAGCGCGCAAACGACCGAACUCGAGCUCGAAGCAGUUUUAACAGGCAACUAUAAAGCCUCGCCCUCCCACUUCCUCGUCGCAGGCGCGCAAUCUCGUCGUCGCAUAUUCUGCAAUUUUCUGCACAGGCCCCUAGCCCGCAUUGUGCUACUUUCCUGUCGCGCGCCAACGGCUACAUACUCGAAAAGCAUAGCCAGUUCGCCUCUUGGAAUCCGAAGCCUUCGGCGUUGUAACGAUCUCUUGUCCAACCGUUGGUCACCGAAUCCGCGCCCUUGUCCGCGAACGAAAUCUGGCUGCCAUAGUCGCACUCGUUUCUCAGUCGAUCAUUUUAGAGUCUAGGGCAUCAGUAGCCCUGUCGUAAUAAGAUUUUGGACCUUGUGGCUCUGCCUUAUUGACCGGCACUUUGCGCUGCACAAGCUUUCCUGCAGCCUCUUGAGGAGCGGGCGGGACAGCUCUCAGUGUAAUUCAACACCGAAAAGCUGGAUUUGCCGUCGAUCUCCCAGGUUUCUUCAACCCGAGGCCCCUCAGACUUACUCUAUUACAGCACCUCCCAGCGCCCCUCGUUGUAUGGGAGUGACCAGAGGCUGCCAUCUUUUUCCUUCCCCCCUCCCCACCAGGCCUACUCGACGGGUACGGCGUCUCCUCGAGUUAGCCCAAUAAGUUCGUCUAGCAGCUCGAACGCCGACUCGUAUUCUUCUUGCACCUCGGUUGCAUCUUCCAUCGGGCCCAAGACUCCGCCGUCGUCGUCUCUGCCAGUCGGCGCAACUCUCUCAGGACAAUCUGCGAAUUCAAGCGCUGGAUACGAUCAGUAUCCAGCCAUGAACCAAGGACACGACAUGUACUACCAGCAGCACAUGUCUGCUGGCCCAACACAGCAGCCGCCAACUGUCACCUCCUACAACCCUCAGCCCCCAAUCAUGCAGCCCAGCCAUGGCUCUUAUCCAGCUCCUCCUCAGCCUUAUGGCGGAUACCCGUACACAAAUGGCAUGCCAUCGCCGCAGGGACCGCCUGUACCCGGUCAAAUGGGCCCAGGAAGUGUCUUGCCGUCGAUAGCAGGGCACCAUGGACAGGCCCCCGGUCCCGUCGCAAACCAGUACUCGGGAUUCGACACCAGUGGUCAGAUUGCCCCGCCUGGGAUGAAGCCCCGCGUCACUGCCACUUUGUGGGAAGAUGAGGGAUCUUUGUGCUUUCAGGUUGAAGCACGCGGAGUCUGCGUCGCUCGCAGGGAAGAUAAUCACAUGAUCAACGGCACUAAGCUGCUGAACGUCGCUGGAAUGACCCGUGGCCGCCGAGAUGGCAUCUUGAAAAGCGAAAAGAUGAGACAUGUGGUCAAGAUUGGCCCUAUGCAUUUGAAGGGCGUUUGGAUUCCGUUCGAGCGGGCUCUCGAUUUUGCGAACAAGGAGAAGAUUACCGAGUUGCUUUACCCCCUUUUCGUCCACAACAUUAGCGCUUUACUCUACCACCCCGCCAAUCAGAACAGGAACAACCAGCUCAUGGCCGCAGCAGAACGCCGCAAGGCCGAAACUGGCGGCAUGAGGAAUCCUCAAGGCCCUCCAGGGCUUCCAGCGCUGCACCACCACUCCAUGAGCCAGAACGGAUCUCAAUCUUUGUCAGGGAAUAUAGGCCGUCCCAGCCUCGAUCGCGCCCAUACUUUCCCUACCCCGCCCACUAGUGCUUCCAGUGCCGUCAACAUGGGCAGCUCUGAUAGCUUCACAUGGCCGCCCCACCAAGCUAUGAGCAAUGGGCAGCAAAACCCCAUGUCAAUCGACACCAGUCUGAGCAAUACUCGUUCGAUGCCCACCACUCCAGCAACAACUCCUCCUGGAAGUACGCUACAAAGCAUGCAGGCAUACCCGCCUGCCUCGCAAUCAUAUGAUGGCUCAAGACAGCUCUACAACGCUCCGCAACUGCAACAAUCCCCCUAUCAACCUACCAGCACCAGCCCGCAAGACCGAUCCCUCUACAACCAGGCGACCUACGUUAAGUCCGAGAUGGGCCCGCCAUCGGCCAGGCCUAUGGGCUCUGUUCUCCCCGGAGAUCACCAGAAUGAUCAGAAGCCCGUCAAUGGCUUGAUGCAUCCCCCUCAAGGGGCCGAUCAGGGUCACAAUAACGGGGUGGAAGAUGAGGCUGAUCACGAGCACGACCCCGAGUACACCCACGAUAGCAGGACGUACGACAACAGCCAAUCGCAGUACAAUUACACCGCACCCCCUGUCUCGUCCAUCUCUAGUGAGCAGGCGCAUGUGUCUACAGACAUGCCGCCGGGUGGACAACAUGGCAACUCAGGUCGCUCGACACCACGCAGUGCCGCUGCUCCUCAAGCAUACUAUCAACAGGCGUACAGCACUUCGCCUCGGUCAGCGACGCACCAGUCCACGAGCAACUUGUACAACGUAAUGAGUAACGACAGGGGCUCAACUACUAAUGGUUCUGCCAACGGAGACGUCUACUCUCAAUCGACGGAUCUUUCCAACGGCUACGCGACUCCAGUAACGAAUGGCAACGCCAACCUCAAGCGUGGUCGUGACGACGACGAUGACCGUUCGAGCAGCAGUGGUCAGAUGGACCUCAAGCGUCGCAAGACUUUGAUGGAUAAUCCCAUCUCGUCCCCCGUGUACGAGACAAUGAACCGCCCCGCGGCUGCCAUCGCGCACCCCGUGUCCAGACGCAGAUAGGAACUCGCCAUCUUUGUGAAUCUUUCGGAGAAAUUCCACAAGCCUUAUGAUUCAGUUCUUCUCCAUCAACCCCUUUUCGAACCUUUAUCAACGAUUUCUUAGUACUCAUCAACGGCGUCACGGUAUUCGACAUGACGACAACGACUUUUUUUUCCUCCAAUAAUUAUGAGAUCCGAAACCUGUGACAUAUCAACAUGCAUCAUGCAUUAGCAACUAGUUUUGUUCCAACCAAACAAAAUGUAGUUCACGAGCUAGGACACAGCAGUCGUCUUGUUUUUAGACGACUCAUUACAUACGACACGAAUGCAUGCGACGGAAGUAAUUCCCGAACCAAUAACGGAACGACUCUUAAUAUCUUUGUGAACUUCGGACUCUCAAACACCAUCUCUCCUUUGUCGGCUGCUUUGGCUUACUGUAUUUCCUGUCUUGUGUGGCUUAGGUAGCCGGAUCGAUCCGGUUGCUAAGCCGGUAACAGGAGGGCACCUUGAUCAGGACAGGGAAUCGUAUAGGCCAUUUGGCCCGCUUGUUAUGACCCUAGGCGGGCCUCGAUGCAUCAUGGGAAUUUUUUACACUUGUUUUGUCUUUGACGUGUUUGGAUCUGGACGGGAGCACUGGGAGAGAGCGUACGCUUGUGGGGAGCGUGACGGGAUACUGGUGAACGCGGACUCCGACGACUAAGUUUUUAUGAAAUACGAAAACAAGAGUGUCGUCGCUGUCUACGACCAAGCGAAAUUCAUGGUUCCUCAUUUGAUAAUGUUUUUGCUGCUGUUUUCUUUUUUUCUUUUUUCUCUUUGUCAUACCUAACGACUUUAACGAAUUUCCUUGACUCCAGAAAAGUCAUUGAGAGGCGGGGGAUAUUUUUUUGUCUUUCAAGUUUCCUUGCUCCUUUAUCAUUUUGCUUUGGGUUUUAUUUUUGGUCUGCUUCCUUCGAAAUCCAAGGGCGAAGGACGUAGCGUAAAAUUGGCUCUCGGUCGGUUUGAUAUCAUGAAAAUACAAAGGAGAAUAGAGGCUUUAGCUACAUUUGGUUC